CGCAGUACUACAGCAUUAGAACGCGGCGAACAUAACUUAUACAGCUACUUAUAACGCGUCUCUGACUUUAUUCUUAUUCUUCCACCAUGCAGAAAAGGAGACGAACGACGACGACACGUCCAGGCAAAUUCGACCCCCAAGAUGCUCGUGUCAAGCACACCCGUAUUGGCGUGUGGGACCUCUACGAGGAUCGCCAAACUGAUUCAAUGCCACGCAUACCAGGCUCGUCACGAUUAGAGACGUAUGCCCAGAUAGUCCAGAGCUUUCCCCAUGUAGUACGCAUGUUAAAGGACAUACUCAGCAUCAAACGGUGUUGGCUACUACUUUCCGUAUUCUUCGUAGUGGAAAUAUUGGCCUCACUUACACCCGCUGUUUCACUAUGGUACUCUGGACAACUGCUCCGACUUGUAGAGACUGCAAUAGAGACACGUACUGUGGACACAACAGUUCUCAUUCAUGUUGCAGUAGGACGCGUUGCAUGCACAGUUGCGACGCGCCUUCUCCAAUACGCCCGAAGCCGCAUCGUCAUCCCCUUAAACCUGUCCAUCAAACAAUUCUACGCUGGGCACAUAUUCCACUCCAUGGCACGCCUUGACGUGCCCACAUUUGAAAACUCGGCCGUUCAGAGGCAGCUGGAGUCCACGUGGGCGUCCCCUUGGGGCUCUAGCGUAGCUUGGGAAACCAUCCAGAUGUCCACGAGCAUCGUAAUGACAGUUAUUCGUCUACUCUCCCAGGUGUCGGUUCUAUUUGCAGUCCUGCGCGAGCAGCAAGAUGGUCCCCUUCUUGCGAUUCUCAGCCUCUCACAAUCUAUAUUUCACUGGUACAGCACAAACAAAAGAGUGUUCGGCUCCUUAGUUUGGGCCGCUACCACAACCAACGAAGAUUAUGUUCGUAUGCAAGGCCUUAAGCACCUCGUCGAUAACCCUUCACACCGCAAGGAGCUUGUCGCAGGCAACCUCGGCGAAUAUGUCACCGCACAAUUUCGCGAAACCGCUCAGCGCGUCGGAGACGAUGCGGGUGAGUUCCAAGAGUUGCGUCGAGCCCAUGCUGUCAAGGAUCGUUUGAGCAUUGCGUCCAUCCUCCGUGAACCAAUGCGCGAACUGCCCCAGAUCGUCUUCACCCUCCGCGCAGUGCAAAAACCAAUGACCAUCCCCCUCUCAUUAGCAUCACUCACACUGAUCAAUCAAACCUCUAACUCGUUCAGUUCCACCCUUUUUUCGCUGUUCGGAGAGUCAUUCUCUCUUGCGGAACAGUUUGCCAAUGUACGCAAGCUAUACGAGAUCGAUAAUGUGAAGAAUAAGGUGGUGGAUGGCGCGGAACCAUUCCCCGAGAACCAGCAAUCUCUCAGGACUGGUAUUUCUGUCGAGUUCAGGAAUGUAUCAUUUCAGUACCCUGGUGCAGAGAGGUAUGCUCUCCGGAAUGUUUCGUUCAAGAUUGGAGCUGGUCAACUUUGUGUUAUUGUUGGCGUGAAUGGCUCUGGAAAGAGUACGAUCUUAAAACUUAUCUCCCGCAUCUACGACCCAACCGAGGGCACCAUUCUUAUCGAUAAUCGCGACAUCAAAACCCUCAGACUGGCCGACCUCCGCGCCGCCAUGUCAAUCCUCUUCCAAGACUACACGCACUUCCCUCUCUCCAUAAACGAAAACAUCGCACUCGGCAACCCCGCCCUUGCACACGACUAUGACAAGGUCCGCGAAGCCGCCCGACUGGGCGGCGCAGAACACUUCAUUGACGAGCUGCCUGACGGAUUCGACACCUAUCUCGACCGCCCUGUUAAAGACUACUACUCGGGCCUCCCUGAAGGCACCACGAUGCUGUUUGGGCGACCCGUCGACUACUCCCGUGUGCGUGGCGCAGGGGGUCUCCGUGUUUCUGAGGCUUCAAGUCUCAGUGGCGGACAGAUGCAGCGGCUUGCGGUCUCUCGCACGUUCAUGCGCUCAUUGGUAUCUGAGACAGAGUCUUUGGUUGGCAUGUUGUUAUUCGACGAGCCCAGUGCCUCCUUGGACCCUACGGCCGAACAUGAUCUCUUCGAGCGUCUACGGAAGUUAAGGGGAAACAAGACCAUGAUAUUCUCCUCGCAUCGAUUCGGGAGCCUCACCCGACAUGCGGAUCUCAUAUUGUACAUGGACGAAUCUAUUGUCCAGGAAGAAGGCACACACGAUGAUCUAUUGAAGAGAGGGGGAGAGUAUGCACGUAUUUGGAAUUUACAAGCAGAAGCUUUCAUUUAAUGACCAGAGACGAAAUCACACGUUGUCCAAUACCACGAUUAUUAAUCAUGGAACGACUCAUUCUUGCACAUGUAUGCAAUUGUCCAGACUCCAACCAUUGGCGGUGUGUGUCAGUCCCA